CAUUCUCAUCACGCAAUAUAGUAUAGAUCCACCACCAAAUCCCUCUCCUUCUUCAUUGGCUGUUACAAAAGCCGACGCAUUUGCUCAAUUAGAAACCAACAUUCUCACGAAACUCAUGCACUCAACAUAAUUAAUCUUAUCCAAGUAGAGCCCAGGUUCUCUCAUCUACACUAAGAAAAAUAGAUAUCUGAAACAAACCCACCAAGCCAUUUUGCUCAGCAAUAAUGUCUACUGCCACAAAACUUGAAGAGAACCCAAGUAAGAAAACCUUUCAAACACCUUCAUCUCCCCCACCUCUAACUCAAAAAUGGCCAGCUAGCUUAUCAAAGAUUAUGCUUUCGGAGCUAAAAGCGCAAAGGGGAAUUGCUGUUCCAUUGGUAGCAAUGAAUUUGACAUGGUUUGCAAAGAUAGCAAUCACAACAGCAUUUUUAGGCAGGCUUGGGGAGCUCAAAUUGGCAGGAGGUGCACUUGGGUUCACGUUUGCGAAUGUCACAGGCUUCUCUGUCUUGAACGGCCUCUGUGGCGCCAUGGAACCCAUAUGUGGUCAAGCUUACGGAGCCAAAAACUUUAAACUCCUUCACAAGACCCUUCUCAUGGCAAUCUUCUUAUUACUACUUACCACACUACCUAUAACUUUCUUGUGGCUCAACGUUGAUAAAAUUCUCAUUUAUUUUGGCCAACAAAAAGACAUUUCAAUUGUGGCAAAGACCUAUCUCUUCUAUCUCCUUCCUGAUUUGGUAAUCACUUCAUUUCUAUGUCCACUCAAAGCCUACUUGAGCUCACAGAGUAUAACUGUUCCUAUAAUGUUUAGCUCGGCUCUAGCUCUAGCUGUUCACAUUCCUAUCAAUAUAUUUCUCGCAAAAGUUAAGGGUCUUGAGGGAGUUUCAAUGGCAAUUUGGAUCACUGAUCUCAUGGUAGUGAUUCUACUUGCCUUAUAUGUGUUUGUAAUGGAAAAUAGUAGAGAGAGAGGGUGGAAGGAAGGUGGGUGGUGUGAACAAAGCAUUAGUGACUGGCUAAGGUUGAUCAAGCUCUGCGGGCCUUGUUGCCUUACCGCCUGCCUUGAAUGGUGGUGUUAUGAGAUUUUAGUCUUGCUCACAGGGAGGCUAGGGAAUGCAAAGCAGGCUGUUGGAGUGUUAGCAAUUGUGCUAAACUUUGAUUACUUGCUUUACUCUGUGAUGUUAUCAUUGGCAACAUGUGCAUCCACCCGUGUGUCGAAUGAGCUUGGCGCAAACCAUGCCGGUCCUGCGUACCAGUCGGCAUAUGUGUCUCUGGGAGUGAGCAUCGUAGCCGGUUGCAUAGGUGGUGCAGUGAUGGUAGCAGCCAGAGGAAUAUGGGGGCCUCUGUUUAGCCAUGAUAAGGGGACUAUAAGAUGUGUAAAGAAGAUGAUGUUGCUAAUGGCUUUGGUGGAAGUAGUGAAUUUUCCAUUAGCAGUAUGUGGAGGAAUUGUCCGGGGAACAGCUAGGCCAUGGUUGGGUAUGUAUGCCAACCUUGGUGGGUUCUACCUUCUAGCUUUACCCUUAGGUGUGCUUUUAGCCUUUAAGGCCGCACUUGGACUUGGUGGGCUGUUGAUUGGUUUCUUUUUGGGAAUGGUAGCUUGCUUGGUUUUACUAUUGGUCUUUGUCAUAAGGAUCGACUGGGAUGAAGAAGCGGGCAAGGCACAAUUACUAGCUCGUGAUGUGGACAUUGUUAAGGAAGAUGAAAACCACUCAAUUGUAGAGACAGGUAAAACUGCCCAAGUAUGAGAAUAACUGAAGUUGUAACCAUUUUUUUUUUUUUCGCCUUUAGCAUCAAAACAUAUGCUAAAAAAUAAUCAAGUGAAUAGGUUCAAUUGAAAAUAUAUGACCCCAUAAAACAUUGCUGCAAAGUGCAGACUCCUAUACUUGGGCACAUUGCAGACCAAUGUCUAUUGCGGUCCUUAUGUAGUAAUCCUACGCAAUGAUUUGGAAUCCCAGUGUGAGACUUGCCUAGAGUGUUUCA